AUGAGUAAAGCACUUAAAAGAGGAACUAAGUUAGUUGAAAGUCUUAAAGGCAAAGUUGAUUUAGUAAAACUAGAAGAGAUGAAAGACUUCUAUUUAAGAAGAAGAGAUACUCAAAUGGCUAUUAGAAAAGUACAAGCUUAUCAUAUCUUAGGUACAGAUGCAGUAUUAGUCUUAGGAGAGUUAGAUUUAGCAGCUAAAACAGCUCAUGAAUCUUAUUCUUAUCAGUUAAAUCAACAAAACAACCAAGAGAUAGCUAAUACUAAAGAAGAGACUGAAGAAUUGCUAGAGACCAAUGAAGACUUAAAGGAGACAGAAGUUGAAUUUACUGAGCAGGACGUACAGAUCAUAAUGGAUCAAGGUGGAGUUACUCGAGAAGAAGCUAUUAAGGCUUUACAGGAGAAUGAAGGAGAUCCUUUAGCGGCUCUGACUGCCCUCGACAAGUAA